GGGGGGGGGCUGGAAAUGACGCACGGCUACUUCCGCUUCCAACAGAGACACUUCCGGCUGGGAAAUAAGUGGCGACGUUUCUUACAGGGUUGUACUGAAUGGAAAGUCCAGAAGGAUACCUUGAAGAAGUGUUUACCAAAAAAGAAAAAAAAUGAUGGAAGGCAUAAAAUGGAAGGAGAAUCAAGCAGAUUUGAAAUCCACACACACGUUUUCAACAAGGAAAAGUACCCUGUAUAUAAAGAAAGGCCCCGGAAACGUGCCCACGAAGGUUUCAGAGACGCCUCUCUGGCAAGUGACCACUGUCAAAUAACUAAGAAGAGGAAGGAUUUCCAGCCUCUCAUUUCUUCUCCUUUGAAAAAAUCAGAAAUCUGUGAUGAGAGUGAAAAGGCCAUCUCUACACAUCAAAAGAGGAGAAAUGGUGCUUUGAGGGUAGACAAGGAAACAGGUGUUAUGUAUGUCUUUGUGGGUAAAGAAAAUAUUGAGAACAUGCCAAAGAAUUUUCGGAGGGAUGUGGAUGUCAUUUAUGUCGAUGUGAGCAAAGUACGAAAGUCAACAAAAGGGCAUAAAGCAGAGAAGCUGCAUGGCAUGACCAAGUCAAAUAGAAAUGAGCCAGAAGAACUGCAUAAUAAGGUUAGGGGGAAAAAGAAUGAAAACUUUCCUAGGAAAGCCACAUCCUGGGAUACUGUGCAGGAAAGCCAGCACGUGAGCAUCUCCCAGCCCCAGCCAGAAUCACGUGAGCAGCCAUCCUCGCUGUCUGUGGACCAAGGUGAAAUCCCAGAGCUACCUCAGUCUGCUCAUAAAGACAAAGCUAAGAAAAAAAAGAAACUGUCCAGUCCCCGAGAAUCAGGGGCCUUCGCCAGGCCUGAGCAUCCCAGUCAUGUGUUCCCUGAGGAAUCACAGGUGGUCAGCAAAGUCAGGGCUGGAGAAGGCAGCGAUGUACUCAGAAAGGUCAAGGGAUCCAUCGGCAUAAAGAAAAAUUCUAAGAAAAGGAAGCGUGUGUCUCUGGAAAGUGCCAUGGAGUCUGGCGAUGAGAACCCUGAGAACACACACUCUCAUUCAGCACAAGGCAGUCAUGCCUUGAUGGAAGGGAGUGUGAAACCCAGGCCCCAGAAGGUGCCACACAAGCAGCCGUCCUCGCUGUCUGUAGACCAAGAAGGCGAAGUCACAGAGCGACCGAAGUCUGCUCAUAAAAACAAAGCUAAGCAAAAAAAGAAGAAACUGUCCGUUCUCCAGGAGUCGGGAGCCUUGGCCAGGCCUGAGAGUCCCAAUCAUGCCUUUCCUGAAAGAUUGCAGGUGGUCAGCAAAGUCAGGGCUGGAGAAGGCAGCAAUGUACUCAGAAAGGCCAAGGGAUCCAUCGGUAUAAGGAAAAAUUCUAAGAAAAGGAAGCGUGUGUCUCUGGAAAGCACCAUGGAGUCUGGUGAUGAGAACCCUGAGAACACACACUCUCAUUCAGCACAAGGCAGUCAUGCCUUGAUGGAAGGGAAUGUGAAACCCAGGCCCCAGAAGGUACCACACAAGCAGCCGUCCUCGCUGUCUGUAGACCAAGAAGGUGAAAUCACAGAGCGACUGCAGUCUGCUUAUAAAAACAAAGCUAAGAAAAAAAAGAAGAAACUGUCUGUUCUCCAGGAGUCGGGAGCCUUGGCCAGGCCUGAGCAUCCCGAUCACCCGUUCCCCGAAGGAUCACAGGUGGUCAGCGAGGUUGGGGCUGAGGAAGGCAGCGAUGUACUCAAAAGGGUCAAGAUAAAGAACAGUUCUAAGAAGAGGAAGCGUGCAUCUGUCCAAGGCACCUUGGUGUGUGGUGAGAACUCUGAGGACACACUCCGCGACCCAGCGGCAGGCAGUUGUGUCUUGCUUGAAGAAAAUGUGAAGGAGAUACCCCAGGAGGAGCAGACCCAGGCCUCUUCAGGAGAGAAGCGCAUAGCAGAGGCGAGGAGGUCAGAACCUGCCAGUGAAGAAGAAAGCAAUCUGGAAUUGGCUAGCGAGGCUGUGAGAUUGGCAUCUGAAGACUGGAGGGAUUCUGAUUAUUCAGACGUGGAUCUGCAUUCAGCGGUGAGGCAGCUCCAGGAGUUCAUUCCUGACAUCAAGGAAAGGGCAGCCACGACAAUUAAGCGAAUGUACCGUGAUGACCUGGAGCGGUUUAAAGAAUUUAAGGGGCAAGGUGUUGCUAUUAGAUUUGGCAAGUUUUCUUCCAAGGAAAAUAAGCAGAUAGAGGAAAACGUGCAAGAAUUCCUAUCUCUGACAGGAAUUGAGACCGCGGACAAGCUGCUGUACACAGACAGAUACCCAGAGGAAAAGGCUGCCAUCACAGAUUUGAAACGGAAGCAUGCAUUCAGGCUGCACAUUGGGAAGGGCAUUGCACGGCCCUGGAAACUCGUGUACUACCGCGCCAAGAAGAUAUUCGAUGUCAACAAUUACAAAGGGAGGUACAGCAAAGGGGACACUGAGAAGCUGAAGGCAUGCCAGUCCCUCCAUGGGAAUGACUGGAAAAAGAUCGGGGCGAUGGUGGCCCGGAGCAGCCUCUCUGUCGCCCUCAAGUUCUCCCAGAUCCGUAACAAAAGAAAUCAUGGUGUUUGGAGCAAGGCAGAAACCCAGAAACUCAUCAAGGCUGUCGAAGAAGUGAUUCUAAAGAAAAUGUCUCCACAGAAGUUAAGUGAAAUGGAUUCUGAACUCCAGGAAAACCCUGAGAGUCGCCUGUCGAUCGUUCGGGAAAAGCUCUACAAGGGCAUAUCGUGGGUGGAAGUGGAAGCGAAGGUGGAGACGAGAAAUUGGAUGCAGUGCAAAAGUAAGUGGACAGAAAUUCUAACCAAGAGGAUGACUAACGGUGGCUUUGUAUACCGUGGAAUCAAUGCUCUGCAGGCCAAAAUCAACCUCAUUGAAAGGUUGUAUGAAAUAAAUGUGGAAGAUGCUAAUGAAAUAGAUUGGGAAGAUCUUGCUAGUGCCAUAGGUGAUGUACCUCCAUCUUACGUUCAAACUAAAUUUUAUAAGCUGAAAGCUGCCUGUGUUCCCUUUUGGCAGAAAAAGACUUUCCCAGAGAUCAUCGAUUACCUUUAUGAGACUAGUCUGCCAUUGCUUAAAGAAAAAUUUAAAAAGAAGAUGGGGAAAAAGGGCAGCAAAAUCCGAACUCCUGCAGCACCCAAGCAAGUUUUCCUGUUCAGAGACAUCUUUUAUUGUGAAGAUGACAGUGAGGGAGAAGACAUGGAAGAACAGAGUUAAGCAGAGGUUACUAUCUCCAGUCCUUUUGGUUGGGCCAUAUUUAUAUACGUGUGUUACUGUGUCUGUCAGCUUACCAUCACCAUAACAAAAUACCUGAGAUAAUAACAUCUUAUAAGGAGAAAAGGUUUAUAUGGGCCCAUGGUUUAGGGAGGCUCCUGUCCACUGUGGGUUGGCUCCUUUGCCUUGCCUCUGCCCCAAAGGAGUGUGUGGCCCAUCAGGUGGCAGAGAAAAACCGCUCAACUUAUGGCCAGGAAAGGAGAGACUGGGGGAGGGGCUGGGGUCCCACAGUCCCUUUCAAGUCCACCCCCUGUGACCCCUGACCUCCCAGUAGGCCCCACCACCCCAGGGACCAGGCCUCUACCACCUGGUUCUUUUCCAAACUGCACUGGUUAAUAAAGCUCUUUUGGUAAUGAUGUUUAUUAAAGAAUGUUUAGUAGCCAGAGGAAGAGACACAAAAUGUUAACUUUUUUUUUCCCGAUACUGGGGAUUGAAUUCAGGACCUUGUGCUUGCGAGGCAGGCUCCGUGCCACUGAGCUCAAUCCCCAGCCCUAAAAUGUUAACUUGUAUUGUGGCACGUUAAAAAUGUAUUAGCGGGCCAGGGAUUUAGCUCAGUGGUUUCGCCACCUGCUGCACAAGCACAAGGACCCGAGUUCCAUCCCUGGUACCAAAAAAAAAAAAAAAAGCUUUCAUGUUAAAGUGUGAAUGUGAAAGUAAAGAGGAG